CACGUCAGCAACAUGCUAGUACAUCUAUCCGCGGCCAGACACGAAGCCGUCGUGAUCUCCGGGAGGAAGUUGGCGCGGCAGAUCCGUCAGGAAGCCAAGAGCGACGUGGAGCAGUGGGUCUCCGAGGGCAACCGCCGGCCGCACCUGAGUGUGGUGCUCGUGGGAGACAACCCAGGGAGCCACUCCUACGUUCUGAACAAGACCAAGGCAGCCGCUGACGUGGGGAUCAGCAGUGAGACGAUCCUCAAGCCCGCCGAUAUCUCUGAGAAGGAGCUCCUGGAGCUGAUUGACAAGCUCAACAACGACAGCAACGUGGACGGGCUGCUGGUGCAGCUCCCCCUGCCUGAGCACAUCGAUGAGCGGAAGGUCUGUAACGCUGUGGUCCCUGGGAAGGACGUGGACGGGUUCCACGUGGUCAACGUGGGCAAGAUGUGUCUGGACCAGAGCGCCAUGCUGCCGGCCACACCCUCGGGGGUGUGGGAGAUCAUCAAGCGGACCGGGAUCCCCACGCUGGGGAAGAAUGUAGUGGUCGCUGGCCGCUCGAAGAACGUUGGGAUGCCCAUCGCCAUGCUGCUGCACACUGACGGCAGGCACGAGAGACCCGGAGGCGACGCCACUGUCACCAUCUCCCACAGAUACACGCCAAAGGACAAGCUGAGGCAGCACACUCAAAUCGCUGACAUCGUCGUAGCUGCAGCCGGUAUUCCAAACCUGAUCACUGCUGACAUGAUUAAGGAAGGGGCCGCGGUGAUCGAUGUCGGGAUCAACAGGGUUCAGGAUCCGAUUACUGGGAAACCCAAACUGGUCGGGGACGUUGAUUUCGAAGGAGUGAAGCGGAAAGCCAGUUUCAUCACUCCAGUCCCAGGAGGCGUGGGGCCCAUGACGGUGGCCAUGCUGAUGAAGAACACCAUCAUCGCAGCCAAGAAACUCCUGACAAAGCCAGCCGCCCUCGGCCUCACGGCUCCUUAACAAGAGAGACCCUGCACGCCGAGAGAGAGUGCGAGAGGACAGAGAUCAUAUCAGAGUUUAAAGCCUCACAUUCCCGGACCACCAAAACACUCCCACAUAGACCGACAGAAUUGCAAUAAUUUAUUAAUUAGAAUAUUUUUAUUGUGUGUUUUUUUUUUUUUUUUUUUUUUUUGAUCGUGUUUAUGUAGAGGGAGAGGAGUACAAAAGUCUUAAGUGUAGUCGGCUUUAAUGGUGCAAUUCCGUUCCACCUUAAAACGGAGUGCGCCGCUCACUUCGUGCAGAUGCCUGCUGCUCUUUCUUUAAAGCAACCAGGCUUUUCUUAAGGUGGAAAUGUCCCCCCCUCUCGCCCAUAUAUACAAAACCAAUUCCAGGCAUUAACUGUGUUUGCUGGGGGGAAUACAGUGGAGGAAUGUGGUUCGAUAGGUGUGGCUCAGCAGUAGGAAUUGAGCCAGAUAGUCAUAAAUCAAAUAAGGAUCACUUUACAGCGUACUUGUCUUGCCCCCUGCCCCCAUCCUAUUUUGAACUGUGUUUUCGUAAUAUCUCUACUGUGACCUGAGGGUUUGUUUUUAUGUAUUUAUUUUUUGUAUACCUUAACCUGUAAUAACUCUCUCGACUCUGCUACCAGGAAUAUUCACAAAUAUUUAUUUUUGAAGAUUAUGUUGCAAUAAAUUCAUAAUUCCUCCCCCCAGCCACAUUGGGGGGGUCAGACUGAAGAACAAAGUUUGGGUUUUAGUGCUUGUUGUCAGGGUGUAACUAAGAGCUACUAAAAGACUUUUUAUGAAGUUCACUUUAGUAUUUCUAAAUUCGGCCCCAUCGGUCAGUUUUAAAAGCUCCAGGUGAUUUUUUUUUUUACCUGCUCAGGUGUGCACGCGUGGCACGUUCCAGCUGCAAUCUGGGACUAAAAACUUUCCCGGGAAGACUUCACAACUAAAGUGGGUUUUUGUUUUGUUUUUUUUUUCUGACUUGCUUCAAUGCAACAUGAAAUCUGGAACCCAAAUAAACAGUAACUUAAUGACA